UUGCCAAAUUCAAAAAUGUCAUGUCCGAAUAAUAUAGCGCCCGGUAACUUCCUGAUGGAUUCCUUAAUGGGAGGAUCAUCUUCCUUCAGGGGUGAGGGUUAUACCAGCAACCCUGGAAUAUACAUCCACACAGCCGCCGAAUACGGAUAUUCAGUGAUGAGGAACAUUGGAAAGGUCGGACCAUCCCUCUCCAAAAGAGACGAGGUUCCUCCGGGCGGUCCGCCGCCUAGCGCCUUCCAGGAUGCGCCUUACCUGUCAACACAACUGGCCACAUGGACUCCAGGCUCCAAAACCAGUAGGGACGAACAACCUGUUGCCCAGUGUUUACAGCCCUGCUCGUUUCCAGCGGGUAACGUCAAGGAGGAGGCGUUUUGUUGCCUUUAUCAGGAUGACAGUGGCAGGGGGAAAGAGACAACAGAGUCGGCCACUUACAUCCGGUUGGGGGACAAUAGCAGCCGGCCUGAGCAAACUGCCGGCUCCUCGGGCGACUGUUUCCAGGUGUACAAUGCAGAGAGGCCGCAGCAAGAUGACCACCAGUUCCCCUCUGGCUUCUCUCUGUCCCACUUGGCGACAUCUGUUGAAUCGGCAGCAGAAUCGACAGUAACUUGCAGCAAAUCAGCACAGGAGACAGCGAGAGAGAUUUCAAAGACAGACGAGAGAGAGAGCAGGAAGGAAGAGAAGGCCAAGACUGACAGCUGCUCUGACAACUCCGACGGGGAAUUAAAAGAUGAUUUAUCCGCGGAAAAGACAACGGGAAGCUGGUUAAAAGCCAAAAGUGGAAGGAAGAAGCGGUGUCCGUACACAAAGCAUCAGACGCUGGAGCUGGAGAAGGAGUUCUUGUUCAACAUGUAUCUGUCUCGGGAGCGCCGCCUGGAGAUCAGCCGGAGUAUCAACCUAACCGACAGACAGGUCAAGAUCUGGUUCCAAAACAGACGCAUGAAACUGAAGAAGCUGAACAGGGAGAGCCGAGAAAGGGAGCAUAGUGCAGUGUAUAACUAUUCCUGA